AGCUGUGUUGUGAUUGGUUGUUUUUCGGGGUCAAUCAGUACCGGCUGGGUUGCCAUGGCGCUGCUCAGUCUUUGGGCCUACUCGAUGCUGCUUGUGGCUUCGGCUUGUGCGGAGUCUCACUUCCAGACGUUAGCGCAUCUGCGGCCGGCCGUGACGGAUGAGGAGCAAACGAAGGCCGUGCGGGAGCUGCUGCACCGGCUGCUUGGGCCCCGAGACCGGGAUUUCCUGCUGACCGUGAGCCGAUCGAUGCCUGGGCCCGAGGACCGGGAUCGGUUUGAAGUGCGAUCCCUGGGGGAUGGCCGGGUUUCUAUCCUGGGAAGCACCGGAGUGAGCGCAGCCACCGGACUCUAUCGGUACCUGAGCACCGUCUGCGGCUGCCACAUCUCCUGGUCGGGGGAUCAACUCAACGUCCCCUCGCCGCUGCCUUCUGUCCCCAAACCGAUGCGGGUCACUUCACCCAACAGGUUCCGUUACUAUCAGAAUGUUUGUGCAUACAGCUACUCUUUUGUCUGGUGGGACUGGGAGCGUUGGGAGAGAGAAAUUGACUGGAUGGCAUUGAGUGGCAUUAAUCUCCCAUUGGCAUUUACUGGUCAAGAAGCCAUAUGGCAAAAUGUAUACAUUUCACUUGGCUUCAAUCAAACUGAAAUUGACAACUUUGUUGUUGGUCCUGCAUUUCUUGCAUGGGGUCGUAUGGGGAAUAUGCAUAGCUGGGCAGGACCAUUGUCAAACUCCUGGAACAAAAAUCAAUUGAAUCUGCAGCAUCAGAUUCUUCAGCGGAUGAGAUCUUUGGGUAUGUUGCCAGUCCUUCCUGCCUUUGCAGGUUUUGUACCUGGUGCCAUCAGAAGAUUGUUUCCUAAAGAAAACAUCACAAGGCUAGGGAUCUGGGGACAUCUAAACUGUUCUUAUUCUUGUUCCUUCCUGCUGGAUUCCAAGUCCCCCCUCUUUCAGCAAAUAGGCAAGAUGUUUCUGUUGGAGCUAAUUAAAGAAUUUGGUACAAACCAUAUUUACAGUGCAGAUACAUUCAACGAAAUGACCCCGAGCUCGUCAGACCCUAAAUAUUUAUCCACUAUCAGCAAUGCCGUCUUCAAGUCAAUGACACAAGUGGACCCUUCAGCAGUUUGGCUUAUGCAAGGAUGGCUAUUUGUGAACAAACCUUCAUUUUGGCAGCCAGCCCAAAUCAAAGCUUUGUUACAUGGAGUACCAUUGGGAAGGAUGAUUAUUUUGGAUUUGUUUGCUGACGGUAGACCAGCAUAUUCCUUCACCGAGUCUUUCUAUGGACAACCUUUUAUAUGGUGCAUGUUGCAUAAUUUUGGUGGCAACACAGGGAUGUAUGGAACAGUAGAAACAAUAAAUAAAGGGCCUUUUGAAGCUAGGUUUUUCCCAAAUUCCACCAUGGUGGGUACAGGAAUAACACCAGAAGGAAUUGAACAGAAUGAUGUUGUAUAUGAGCUAAUGAAUGAAAUUGGCUGGUGCAAAGAGCCUUUAAACCUCACAGAAUGGGUUAUGUCAUAUGCAGAGAGACGAUAUGGAAAGAAAAAUGAUGAUGCUAUAGCUACAUGGCUGUUGUUAUUACAAAGUGUCUACAAUAAUACUUUAUAUCGACGAGACCACAACAGAAGUCCAUUGGUUCACAAACCUUCUUUGAAAUUGGAUACUUCUUUAUGGUAUAACAAAAGUGAUGUCUAUGAAGCAUGGAGGCGGAUGCAAACAGCUGUUUCUGAUCUGUUCUCUAGUGAGACCUUCAGAUAUGACCUUGUUGAUGUGACAAGGCAAUCUGUUCAGCUCUUAGUUUCAGAAUUUUAUGAAGACCUCAAGAAUGCAUUCUUAAAAUAUUCCAUCGUGGGGCUGCAGACUUCAGGAAAUGUCUUAGUGUAUGACUUGCUACCUGAACUUGACAACCUCUUGUCCAGCGACAAACACUUUUUAUUGGGCCACUGGUUACAAACAGCUCGGUCCUUGGCAACAAAUGAAAAAGAAGCCAACCAAUAUGAAUUCAAUGCUCGUAGUCAAAUUACUCUUUGGGGGCCAGAUGGGAAUCUUUUGGACUAUGCCAACAAGCAGUGGGGUGGUUUAGUUAAUGACUAUUAUGCACUUCGUUGGGAUCUCUUUGUGAAGACACUUAUUAAGUGUCUUGAGAAGAGAAUUCCCUUCAAUCAAGCCCACUUCAACCAAAUUGUCUUUCAAGUGGAACAAAACUUUAUUAUAAACAAAGUAAAAUAUCCAGACAAACCAGUGGGAAAUACCUUUGAGAUUGCAAAAAAAUUGUUCCUGGAAUAUUAUCCCCAGGCAAUGAAAAGACUCAAUUAAUAAUGAAUUCAGUAUUGGUAUGCAUGCAUGUUUAGUUUGGUUUAAUUUUAAAGUGCAGUAGCCUCUUAAGUUGCUCUUCAAUGUAGUACAUAUUGGUUAUGUACUGGUCAUUCCUGUGAAGUAAAGGAUAUACUCAAAAAAAAAAGUUUUAAAAACUUUAUCAGCUAUGUUCCAAUGUCAUCAGCUAAAAAAGCAAAACUUUAAUCUAUUUUUCCUGGUAUUAAGUUUUUAAUGAUCUGGUCUUAACUGUCCAGUGAACUCUGCAAAUUUCAGCCAUUUUAAACCUUGGGAUGUUAAGCAUUAAUGGUCCUUGUUUGUUAAAAAUAUAUUCCCUAGGCCAGAUUUUAUCCAGCCAGCAGAAAGCCCAAUAUACUGCACGUCUGGUGAGCUGAAUCAUCUCCAAGGACAUUUCAGGCAUAUGUUGCCUAAGUUGUAAGAUUUUAUUUUUCUCUAUAACAUUUGAUUUUGUAUUUCUCUUUUUAUCCUAUUUUAUCGAAAUAAUUAUCCAACAACGGCAAUGGGGCAAAUGUUUGGGACUACUGUUUUCCUGUAACACUUGGAUAAAAUCAAACUCUCUGAUGGAGAUACCAUAUGGAGACUGUAGGAUGCAAUUGCUUACACAUCUACAAUUCAUUGCAUUGGUAUCAUGAUAUUUAGUCUGUCUGUCAUAAUAAAUCCUACUUUCUAACUUCAGUUUAACUUAGCAGAAUUUGAUAUAGACCUUAGUAAUGUCUAAGUAAAUCGCUCAUGCAUAGGAUGUAGGACAAAGGAACAGGCCAUUUUGCAUGAUCCUUUCUUUGUUUAUGCAUCACUUGAGCCUCCUCCCAUUUUUCCUCAUGCAAAUCUACCCAGUGUAACCCUCUAUUCACUUCUCCCUCAUGCUUGUCUAGCUUCCCCCUUAAAUUCAUCAAUACCAAUCACUUUAACCACUCCCUGUGGUAGCGAGUUCCACAUUCUCACCAGUCUUCUUAAAAAGCAUCUUCUGAAUUCCCUAUUGGAUUUCUUGGUGACUAUCUUCUAUCGAUAGCCUCCAGUUAUGUUCUUCCUCAAGUGGAAACUUACUUUCCCUAUCCACUCAAUCAAACCCUUUCAUAAUCUUAAAGAUCUUUAUGAGAUCACCCCUGAGCCUACUUUUCAACGGAAAAGAGAUCCAAAUUUCAAUCCUUUCCUGAAAUGUAUAUUCAUGUAUUUCCGGUAUCAUCCUUGUAAAUCCUCACUGUGCCCUUUCCAGUUCCUCUAUAUCCUUUUUACGAUAUGGCAACUAGAACUGCACAAAGCCUCUAAGUGUGGUCUAACUAAGGUUCAAUAAAGAUUUAGUAUACCUUUACUACUUUUGAACUCUAUCCCUCUAGGACUAAAACCGAAUGCUUGGUUUGCUUUUUUUAAAGGCCCUGCUAAUCUCUGUGCAACUUUUAGUGAUUGGUGCAUUUACCUUUGUUCCUCUAUCACAGCUAGUCUUGCACCUUCCCAGUAAUAAGUGACUUUCUUAUUCUUCCUGCAAAACUCUGUAACCCAUGACAGUAACAUUAAAGUGUUGUACAGUA